UUCACCCCCGCUGACAGCCUGGCUGUUGUGUUUGGAAAGUCUGGAGUUCUCACCGUGUUGGAUGUAACAGCUCCUCUUUACAUGGCUUAUCUUGUUGUUCGACUUCAAUUGGACCGUUGGUGGAUUUCACACUAAAUUCUCAGGAUUUUACAAACUUUUUAAAAGUGAGCUGGCAUCUUUUUUGUCUCAUUUUAGUUUUUAUCGCGCGCUCCAACCAAGAUGUCCUGUCUACCGGUCCCAGACCAGCAGUCUCCCUGUCGCUUUGAAUGCUAAAAUAAACGUUACAUGACGUAAAGUAAAUGCAUGUAGGCCAAAGAAGUGUAUGUGGGGCCUAUGGUGAAUGAACAUUCGGUUCUGCAGAAGCCAACUAUGUCGGGAGUGGUCCGCACCCUGACCCGCUGUCUGCUGCCGGCCGAGGCCAGCCGGGACCCCGGCGGCAGUAAGGAGAGGAGCCGGAGCAGAGACGCGGCGCAGGAGCGGGAGGCACGCCGGAGGAGCCGGGAGAUCGACGCCAUGCUAGCCCGGGAGAGGAGAGCCGUGAGGCGGCUGGUAAAGAUCCUCCUGCUCGGGGCUGGAGAAAGCGGGAAGUCGACUUUUCUCAAACAGAUGCGCAUAAUUAACGGACAAGAGUUUGACCAAAAAGCUCUUCUGGACUUCCGGGACACUAUUUAUGAAAAUAUAUUGAAGGGCAUGCGCGUGUUGGUGGACGCCCGGGACAAGCUGGGCAUCAGCUGGCAGAGCUGCGAGAACGAGAAGCAAGGAAUGCUGGUGAUGUCGUGGGAGGGACGCGUGGGUGGCGCGGGGGUGGAGCCUGGCGAGUUUCAGCUCUAUGUGAUGGCACUGAGCGCACUGUGGGCUGACACCGGCAUACAGGAAGCCUACACACGCCGUUCAGAGUUCCAGCUGAGUGAGUCGGUCAAAUACUUCCUGGAUAACUUGGAGCGCAUUGGUCAACAGAGCUACACCCCGAGCAGGCAGGAUAUUUUGUUUGCGAGGAAGGCGACCAAAGGCAUCGUAGAGCAUGACUUUUUCAUCAAGAAGAUCCCCUUCAAGAUGGUGGACGUGGGCGGGCAGAGGUCCCAGAGGCAGAAGUGGUUCCAGUGCUUCGACGGCAUCACCUCCAUCCUCUUCAUGGUGUCCUCAUCCGAGUAUGACCAGGUCUUGAUGGAGGACCGGCGCACAAACCGCCUGGUGGAGAGCAUGAACAUCUUUGAGACCAUUGUAAACAACAAGCUCUUCCUCAACGUUUCGAUCAUCCUCUUCCUCAACAAAACAGACCUGCUGGUGGAAAAAAUUCGGACCGCUGACAUCCGCAAGAACUUUCCAGAGUUCAGAGGAGAUCCGCACAGGCUCGAGGACGUGCAGGCGUUCCUGGUGCAGGCGUUCAGCCGCAAAAGGAGAAAUCGAGGGAAGCCGCUCUUCCACCACUUCACUACCGCGGUGGAUACAGAGAACAUCCGCUUCGUCUUCCACGCCGUGAAGGACACAAUCCUGCAGGAGAACCUCAAAGACAUCAUGCUGCAGUAGUAAGCUCUGACUGAACAACAACAACAAGAAAACCUGUGGAAGCCCGACUGGAUUGGCUGUAUUAAUAACACUGACCUGUAGAGUUGUUGGUUCUAACAGAACUCGUGAAACUGUGACACAACCCAUCUGAUUGCAUCCUUGCAUGUGUCAGCAAAUGUUUUCUUUUUUUAAAUAGGCACUAAAAGUGUCGAUAAGACUAACAUGGUCACUAAACCAAGUCUGGCAGAGGGAAGAGUGGGGAAAAGGGAAGAGUUGGUUCCUUAUAAAUAGACAUAACUGGGCUUUCUCCGGCCGUAUGCCGUUGUGUUGUGUGAUAAGCCUGCAUAAGUGUACUGUCGGUGAGCUUCAAGCAGGAGAGGAAAGAGAUGAUGAUCUGUAUUAGUCUUGUAUUCAUUCGCACCGCCAUCAUGCGCCACAGCUGCAGGGGGGGCGUUUCCACCAAGCUGUACAUUUAAAGUCACCAAUCCGGGUUGUGGCUGUUCCAUUCUUACAUUUCAUGGAAGUCUCAGAAACUCAGAAACACGUAGUGUGCCUGAACGCCUCAUCAGCACAGGGGCACAGUGCUGAUGAGGCGGAAAGGAGACAGACACAGAGUUGUUUGUCGUGCUGUGUGUGUUCUAUGAACAAAUAAACCACACACACGCGCAUAGUAAAGAUUCCCUGGCUGGAGUCUGUCUAUCGUCUUCCAACUCUAAAAGAACCACUACUAGCUAGCAGCCACUAGCCAUUCCUCACUGAGGUUAUGAGCACAUCUACUGGUCACAUUAGGUAUUACAGUUUAAGAGUUGAACUCAGGGGUGUCCAAACCUUUUCCACUGAGGUCAUAUACUGAAAAAUGAAAGGAUGCAAGGCCCUCUCUGAUAUUUCAUAAAUCAACCCACCUAGACAUGCAAAGACGUUUUAUACGUCACAUGAAAAAAAAUGCAAUUCAAUAUAAUUCUGUGAUAACGUUAUUUUCCCCAUGUUACCAAUUUAUUCUCGUAAAAUUCCACCUGUUUUUUCCAUUUCUGCUUUUUUUUUUUUUUUUUUUUUUUACAACUAUUUCAGCUUUCCGCUUGUAAAUUUUCAUCUGGUCAUUCUGACUUCAUUCCCAUAUACAGUCAUGGAAAAUAGGAUUAGGCCGCCCUUGUUUCUUCAGUUUCCUGUUCAUUGUAACGCCUGAUACAACUAAAGGUACCUUUGUUUGGACAAAUACAACAAUGACAACAAAAAUAGCUCAUGAGAGUUACAUUUUUUGGCAGUACAUUGCUAUAGAUAUUCAUGUAGGAACUUAAGUGAUUUUGGGUUAUCAAGAAAACCAUGGAAGUUGCUCGAUAUCAUCUCUUAAAUUAAACUCUUAGGAGCUAUUUUUGCUGUCAUUGUUAUAUUUGUCAAAACAAAUAUACUUUUAGUUGUACCAGGCAUUAAAAUGGAUCAAUAAACAGAAGAAACAAGGAUGGUCUAAUCAGUUUUUCCAUGACUGUAUGUUUUUUUUUUUUACUUUAUUCUUGUAAUCGAACUUUUUCCCAAAACUAAUUUUCCAAAAACUAUUCUUUGUUUUGGUUGUUUCUCAUAUUACUACUUUUAUUUUUUUUAAAUGUCUUUUUUUCUUUAAUAUUCCAACUUUAUGCUACUAAAAUUGAAGUUUUCCUUAUAACAUUACUUCUCUUGAAAUUGUUUUUUCUCGUUAGAUUACGUGUUUCUCCUCAUAUUUUCACUUUAUUCUAGUGAAAUUACUUCUUUCUCCAAUUCCAUUUUUGCUGUUUGUUUUUUUUUUUUCCCUUUUUCUUGUUAAAUUAUAUUUUUAGAAUGUGUUGUAGGCCAGAAAUGGCCCCCGGGCUGCACUUUGGACACCCCCGGUUUUAACUGCAUAUGAAGACCUUACGCGGGCUAACUGACUAGCUUGCACACUGUUUGGCCGUAAAUACCCGAGACCAUGUACGAAAAUAUUUUUUUGCCGAAAACCGAGUUUCCACUUUGUCUGUGUGAAAGCGCACACAGGUGCAGCAAUGUCCCGUUUCACUGUGUUCUGUGUAAACGACACAGCCAAAGCAUCAGUUCGAGUGCCGUGUGGAAGCAAUGAAAAUGGAGGACAUGCGUGUUUAGUGACACUGCCCACUACUGGCCAGGCAUGCAUACGACAUUACGGUGUUCUGUCAGCAAUUUUUUAAAAACCCAAAAGGACAAACAUUACCAUUUUUAGUGGUGUGCUGUUGUACCUUUAAGACAUCACCCUCCUCUCCUCUUCUGCACUUUUGACAAAUUCAUUAUCCCUGGCAAAAAUACUGACCCAAACGUUUGUUUUUUUAAUAUCAAUAUCAGAGAAAGAACAUCUGGUAGUCUGUAUGCACGUCCUUUACUGUCUGCAUUUGCCGAGCUGCACUAGAAAUACAUGAGCAGAGAUGACCACAAUGUAUCCCACUUGGCAUCUUCUGGACAACUAAGAGCGUAGCUGCUCUAAUGAGUAGAGAACAUUGGGAGCCUGACCCAGCUUUUACAAAAAAGUGGCAUACAUUUGUUAAAGAACGGAAGAAAAUUGGGAGAUUUUUGUUCCGUAUUGUUUGAUAUUUUGAUGAUUCCACUCUUCCCCACCCUGAGCAGUAAGUCCAAACGGUCUGAAAGGGUAACGAGGCAACCCAAAGAGCACUUCCACAUGCCUGCAUUGUUACAAUGAUUAUCACCACAAUGUUGUUUUAAAACAGUGUAAUUUAUGUUUGUUUUGCGUUGAACCCUUUGCCCUGUUGUUCCUGGUCCGUACUUCCUGUAUAUAGUGUAAAAGUGUCUGUCACUGCGUGUGAGCCGCACCAUACAAAGUGUAACACUCCUAACUGUAACUGUACCACUAACACACUUAGCAGCGCACCUUUUUCUAACUAAAUGUCGUCAUGGCACUGGAUGUGUCCUGAGAGACAACAACAGGGACGAUAUCUGGAAUGGGAAAAAUAAAAACAGGAUGGAUGGAUGUUUGUUGUUUCCCGGUGCCCUAUUGGCUCUGUGUUAUGUGGUGAAAUACACUGCUGUUUGCUGAGAUGACGGUUUGUUUGUUUUAUUUAA